AAGCAUCAGUAGCCUUCUUCCUAUCAUCUCCACCACCAAAAAGAAAAAGAAAAAAGGAAAAAAAGAACGAGGAUUUGGAGGAGAGAGAAACUGCAGAAGGAGACGACACAGUCGCACAGAGGUUCAAGAUGAACUAAUGGAUUUACUGUAUCUUUGUACUUCCGCCAUUUUUGUUUCGGAGAGAGAAAGCUUCGGCUUUCGGCUGUUUUAGAGAGAGAAAGGAAUGUGUGGCAUGUAACUGCAGUGAAGGAGAAGCAAAAUCUGAGGAAAACCCAUUUAUUUCCGCCAUUUUUAAUGGAGAAUACAAGUCGGUGAAUCAUAUUUACUGAUGCUGAUUAUGAUGAUGACGAUGAUGAUGACGAUGAAUUUAUGGAACUAUAUUAGUUUAACAGAGUGAAAAAAAUUAAAAAUACACGACGGUUUCAUUAAUUUAUAUGCGGAGGAUCUAUCAAAUCGAGUGACUGGAGUGAAGAUCGAGUGAUAUUUUCGAUUGAAUCUGCUAAAAUAUCUUGUCUGUGCACCUGGAAGUUUCUCUUGCUAACUGGACCAAGAACACUUUCUAAACAGCUUGGAAGGUUCUUAAAGGUAGUCAGAGACUCAGAGAGCAUCAGGACGUGCAAGAAAAAGAGCUUCAAAAGUUAAAGGAUUGUCCUGCACAAGUUCAGAGUUUUUCAACAUGCCAGUAUCCGACACUGAAAAGCAUGGAGUAUCAGCACCAGGUUGUCGCUUUAGUAACAAGGCAGAGCAUAUACCUAUCAAAAAGAGACGAUUCUUAUUAAAGACUCCGUCACCACCACCGGUUAGAAUUUCUCCAUGCGCCGAGGAGACUGCAGAUCAUACAAGAAGUCCAGACGUUUCAAACAAAGUUGUACCUUUGCAGUCUUCUUAUUCUUCUGACAUUAUUGCGAGUCAGAUUGUUGAGAACAAUAGUUGCAUCGAUGCUAAGAAAUCUGAUACUCCCAAUAAAGGCUUCGGUGAAGAGGAAGACUUCUCUGGUAUAUCAAUACUUGCUGCUGCUGCCUGCAGUAGCAGUUUGGGAAGAGAUUGUGGUUAUGCAGAGGAUGGUUUAGGCACUGAAGAGUCUUCCAUGCUGGAGCGAGUGCGUGAAAUUUCUACUUAUACUGAAGUCCGCUCACCAUCUAAAGGGUUGUCAAAGGAAGACGUUUUCAAUUCGUCUGAAAUGUCAAGUGGAGCAACAUCAUCAUGUAUAUCCACAGAACCAGUUGGAGAGCUCGCAUCUAUCUCAACCACAGUAAAUUCAUCUCAAAAACUUGCAACUGUUGGAAAAAUGAAGGAUGCUUCCUUGGGGUCUGAGUCUUUGACCUUUUCUGGGGAUGUUUCGUGUAGCAAAGAUGAAAUUGUAGCGAGGAACCAGGGGCUAUCUUCACAAGGUGUUAGGUUGCAUUGGGACUUAAAUGUUGUGAUGGAUGCUUGGGAGCAGCCUUUUGAUGAUACAGGUGCACAAGAUGAUGUUGCCUAUAACAUUUCUCAAGAAGCCGGGAAAGCUAACUGUAAUGGUAAAAUGGGAUUAGAAGUAGGCCAUGAUUCGCGAGAAAAUCUGGAAACUGUACAUGCUGCUAAAGGCUGUGUACAAAGAGUAUCAGCAAAUCAAAGUUCAGUUGAGAUCAAAGACAGUCAUGAUAUUGAUGCUUGCCUCAAUCUUAAGCAGCCUCUUUGCUUAGGUGAGAAGUCUCUGCCCUCCAACUCCAACCUUGAGGCUGAGGAUUCUUCUAAGAAGAGUUUAAACUUGAAUGACAAGCAUAUCAGCUAUCAGCCAUUGGUGGAAAGCUUCAAGUCAGAUGUUGGUGUGUCUUCCUGCCAGCUACAAAAUCUCGGGAACACAUGUACUUCUGAUGCUACCUUUGGUGUUGUGUCAUCUGAUACUUUUAUUAGUUUGUCUGUGUCAUCUAGCUCAAAGGUCAAACAAAAUGUUGCAGUUCAAGAGGAUUUGGAGACACCUAAGAUCUUUCAACACGAGGAAACAUCUGUUAUAGAGAAUGUUAACCCGGAAACAUUGGAACCUCAAGAGAAUGCCGAAUUUGCUGUAGCAGCGGAUAAUGGCCCUACUCACACUAAGGCAUCCACCUCCGUGUCGAAAAGAUGUGAGCUUCUGGUAGAUUUAGGUAUAAAGGUGCAGGAUGUUAUGAAUAAUCAGGAUGGAAACAUAGUUAGUAAUAAUGAAACCAUAAAAGUUUUCUCUGAAAUUUGUCCAGCAACACUCAAGGAUUCCUGUGAUUUCUCUUAUCAUGAGAAUUGCAAAACUAACUUGGAUAAUUGUUCAAAUUUUUCUGACAAUAUUGAUCAUGAAGAAUCUCUUAAACAUAGUAAUGAUGCUGGUGUUCAAUGUUAUCCAGUUUUGGCGGUUGGAACUGAUGCAACUGGUGAGCACCAAGAGGAUUAUGAUUCUCAGUAUGAAGACGGGGAGCUCAGGGAGUCAAGUGGACGUGCUUGGGAAGAAUAUGAUCCUAUGGACAGAGAAGUUGAAAAUGUAGACUAUAUGUCGAACUACAGAGAAACAUAUACGGCGAAUCUAAGUGAUGGUCAUAUCUUUGAGUCUGGACAAGAUGAGGACCGAAAGAGUGGAAGAUUGGAAGCUGCUGCUGCUGUCUCUUCUCAGGGUUGUAACAACGACAGUGAGGUUUUUGAAGUUGCCUCUGAAGCAGUUGGAAAUGGAAGGGGAGAUGAUGAAGGUAACCAAAUAAAAUCGAGUCACGCUGGGGAGAUAACAGAACUAACUCAGAGAAAAGAACUGCUUGAGAGCAGUAAGAGUUUUUCAGAGAUGACAACUCAAGGUGCAGAUGAGAUUGAGAGAAAGAAUAGAAUGCCUAGUCGUAUUGACAGACCGUUAGAUUCCCAAGGUACUGAAACAAGAGAAGAACCAAAAGCAUUUAGAAGAGGUUUGCAGUCACAGAUUGAGGGGCCAGUUGCUGGUGAUCAUGCAUAUAGACAGGGGCAGUUCAAGAAAAUGGAGAAUAGAUUUGAGCCUGGCUCCAUGAGACCGUUUGAGAGGGCGCGAUACCCCUUUCACAAUCAAGGUAGAGGACGUCAAGGUGGUAGGUGGGAUGGUUCAUCAGACAGUCGUAGAGGUUUUAGGCGGCAUUAUUCUCCUAUUAACCAUGCACAUUCAAAACUUGAUGAUGAUGCUAAUGCGGAGAGAGAUGGCCAUGGAUGUGUUGGCACUCAGGAUGAUGUAUCAUAUUCUCCCCAACCUUUUCCCAAAAACCGAGCUGAUGCUGAUGGUGAGCCUUGUGCUGGAUUUCAUUCGCGCUAUAAAUCCGAUAGGAAGUUUAGCCCUGAUAGAGCUGGAGGCUUUGGUCGGGGAAGAUCAUUCAGGUAUGGCCCCUAUUCUGAGAGUAGAGGAGGCAGAGGAAGAUUCAAUGGCCCUUCUCCAGAUGAGUCGUUCCAAUCCUCCUUAAAAUACCGGCGCCCUUUGUCCCGCAGAGAGAGAAGUAUUUCACCUUUUGGAGGCAGAGGGCAGUCAAAUAUACAUCAAUCUCGCAGGAAGUCUCCAUCUCGAUCAAGAAGUCGGUCUCCGGUCGUUUGGAAUUCUCCAAGAAGAAGACUGGGGGCUGGAAGUGGUGGUAAUACUUUUUUUAGGAACCGAAGUAGAUCCCCAAAUUUCAGGCCUGAGGCCAGAAUGCAAAGGCCAAGGUCACCACACCAACAACCUGGUUUUGGGGUUGAUCACGCAGGAGGUUUUAGGUCAAUUUCAAGAAACAACGGGUCUCCUCCGCGUAACCGAUGGAGUUCUGCUAGGAAAGAUGAGCCAGGCAAUUUUAGAGAGCCAGGUUACAAGCAGCGGAUCCCUUCUCAGGAUAGGUCACCAGGGAGAAUUCGCAUGAGGGACGACAGAGGUAGCGCCAUAGAUUCCCCUCGAAUUAUGAAGCCUGUCGGGUAUUAUAGAAUGUCAGAUAGAAUUCCGGAUGAUGCUGGUAGAGGCGUUAGAUACGAGGAAAAUUUUGAAGAAAGAAGGAAACAAUAUAAUCCCCUUCGUCCUGUGAGGCGCAGCUUUGAUGGUGGAAUGGCAAAUAGAUUGCAUCAGGAUACUAAUGAUAGUUUUUCUAUGGAAAAUAGUUUUCGAGAUAGAGAUGCUUCAAGUUUUCAGGACAGAGGGUCAAGGGGGAUAGACAACCGCAUUGGCGAUGUACCGAGGAGGUUUAGAGGAGAAAAUCAUUCUAUCAUUUAUGAAAGAGAUGGAAAGUUUAAUCCUAAUUCAAAGCAAUUUGGAGGUGAUGUGAUGGAUUCAUCACAAACUCUCAAGUCUGAGGAGCAGUAUCGGCCCAACUAUGCUGGAAGGUUUUCCGACACCAAUGGAGCCAAUAGGGGAUGCCGAUACGAGAACUAUCAAGACAGACGAAAACAUUAUGGUCAAACUAAUAUCAUGAGGCGCAGUGAUAAUGAGGAGACAGAAAAAAGAUUGAAUCAUGAUGAAAAAUUUGAGGAGACUCCGGAGUUUGGUAGCAGGGUUACAAGGGACGGGGAUGGACGAAUUGAUAGUUUAUCCACAGGGUUCAGGGAAGAUGGGGAGCCAGUUGUGUGUAGACAAGAGGAGAAACUUGAUGACAACUCACAGCCCGUUGGAGAACAAAAUUCUGGCGGUGAUGACGCUACAUUGGGAGUUGUUCCUUUGUAGCUUUGACCUGUGCUCUUAUUAUACAUCCGGUAACCGAUAAUCAGUGGAAAAUAUUUAAUCCCUUUGCUUAUCCUCUAAAUGUUUUCCCGACAGGAUAGCAUAUAGUGCCAGCAAUUUUUGUGGAGGUGCUUUUUAUUAGUUACAUUGCCCUUUGACAAAUUUUGGUGGGUUAGGAACUUUUUUAUAUCCCGAUACCAUUUCCUUCGUUGAAUGUGAUCUUUAUCUUGCCAUUUUCAGCACAUGUAACUCUUGACAUUAUUGUUUUAGGGUUGAAUCAAUGAGAUUUUUUGGGGCUCA